CGCGCAACCGCACACCGGUAGCAGCGAUGGAGCUCCUCAAGUUCAGGGUCACGCUGGCGGCAGCGAUCGCGUUGGUUGCCCUCUGCCUGAUCGGGCUACCACCGGCGAUCGAUGGGGCGAAGAUACUUGGCAUCUUUCCAACCAGCGCUCGAUCGCAUUACAUCGUCGGAUCGGCCCUGAUGAAGGAGCUGGCACGCCGUGGUCACGAGGUGACCGUUAUAAACCCAUUCCCUCAGAAGAAGCCACUGACGAAUUACCGCGAUAUCGAUGUAUCGCUCGAAGAGGACAUCAUGAAGAAUUUCAUGCCCAACAUGCUCGAACUGGCUAAUCACUCUGUCCUCGAAAGCUUAACGAAAACAUACGAGUUUGGCCAUUUGAUCACCAAUCAGACGCUGCAGCAUCCGAAUGUUCGUCGGCUCCUUAGUUCGAACGAGAAGUUCGAUUUGGUCGUCAUGGAGGCAUUCCUGAAUGAUGCACAUCUAGGCUUUGCACAUCACUUCAAAGCCCCGUGCGUAGCGGUGUCCACCUUCGGUGCAUCCCGGUGGACCAACGAGAUGGUCGGUACACCGUCACCGGUCACGUACAUUCCUCAUCCCUUCCUGCGCUUCACCGAUCGGAUGUCGUUCGUCGAACGGAUCGGUAACGUGCUCAUGACGGUCGCGGAUAUGAUCGCCGGCCAGCUGCUUGACGUCCCCGUUCAGAGCGCCAUGUAUGAGCAGGCGUUCCCGGGACCGAAGCCACCGUUGGAGCAUCUGCGCAAGCAUUCCGUAUCGCUGGUGCUGCUGAACAACCACUUCAGUCUGAGCUACCCGCGUCCGUACGUUCCGAACAUGAUCGAGGUGGGCGGAAUGCACGUGAACCGCAAACCGAAACCACUGCCCGACGAUAUCAAGGCCAUUCUGGAUGGGGCCAAGCAUGGUGUGAUCUACUUUUCGCUCGGUUCCAACCUCCAGAGCCGGCAGCUGCCGAUCGAGAAGCGUGAAGCGAUACUGCGCGUGUUCGCCAGCCUGAAGCAGACGAUCCUGUGGAAGUGGGAGGACGAAACGUUGCCAAACAAGCCGGACAAUGUGAUCGUGAAGGCAUGGUGGCCCCAGGAUGAUAUCCUUGGCCAUCCGAAUGUGCGACUGUUCAUCACGCACGGUGGUCUGCUCAGUACGACCGAAUCCAUGUACCACGGAGUGCCAGUGAUCGGUAUUCCGGUGUUCGGGGAUCAGUACCUGAACAUGGGCAAGGCAGAACGGACUGGCUAUGGGUUGCUGCUCCCGUACAAAGAGAUUAGCGAGGAACGGCUCGCGACCACGAUCGGGAAGAUACUGAGUGAUUCAAGCUAUCGGACGGUCGCACAAACCAUUUCGGCCCGUUACCGCGACCAGCCACAGAAUCCGAUGGAUCUUGCCGUGUUUUGGGUGGAAUAUGUGAUCCGACAUAAGGGCGCGGUACAUCUGAAAUCGGCGGGUCAGGAGUUAGGUAUCUUGCAGUACCAUGGUAUCGAUGUGUUCGCCACCAUCAUCGGUGUUCCGGUGCUUUUCGUUUAUCUGCUGUCGAAGCUGCUCUGUGGAAAACGAAGCAAGCAUAGCAGUGCUGGAAAGGGAACAACCGGUGGAUCGAAGAAACGAAACUAAACUCUUGCGUCCAGUAAGGGAGUGAACUUAUGCUUUUAAUUUGUAUAAUGAGUUGUUUAAUAUAGAGAUUGAGGCGGAACAUAUUGUAGUUCUUCCGCUGAUAAUUUUUCUCAUAAAGAUUUCUACUGUUAAUGGAAUGCCUUCCUCUAUUCUAUGCUUCAUCCGCGGACCUCUUCUGAUCGUCUUCGUGCCAUUAAUUGAAAACCGAGAGAGCGUGAGCGAGAUGCUUAGGAAGACGUGCUCAACUAGUUUGACCUUCACAUGCGAUGAGAUAGCAGCUUUCUGGCCGAACCAAGCCCGAACAGGUGACCGUGUGAGCGACACAGCAUACAAUCGAAC